CGGUGUUUCUUUUGACGUGUGGAGUGUUUCGUGGGCGCAUAAUUUUUCUUGUAGAUUAGGUAAUGAAUUUAAUGUCGUUUUCAUGAAAUUAUCAACUUCUGCAAGUGCUUUAAGUGGAUCUUGUGUUUUUUGUUAUAUUCGAAGCAGGUAAUCGUAGAGCCCUGGAGUAAUCAUGAGUCGAUUCUUCGCAACUGGGACCGACUCUGAUUCAGAGACUUCUUCUGAAGAGGAGCAGGUAGUACGCGCCCCAGCACCCGUAUACACGUUUAGUGAUGAUGAAGAGGAAACCAAACGCGUUGUGCGUUCUAUGAAAGAGAAGAGGUAUGAGGAAUUGGAAGGAAUUAUUCACUCAAUUAGAAAUCAUCGUAAGAUCAAAGAUUUCUCCUCUGCCUUAGCAUCAUUUGAAGAGCUGCAGAGAGCUUACACUCGUGCUUCCUCAGUUAUUCAAAAGGAAGAAAAUGGAAUUGCUCCUAGGUUUUUCAUCCGAGCCCUUACAGAAUUGGAAGAUUGGGUAACGGGUGCAUGGAAUGACCGUGAUAGCAGGAAGGCUAUGUCUAAGGGCAAUAGUAAAGCAUUAACAUCUCUGAGGCAGAAACUUAGGAAGUAUGCAAAGGAGUUUGAUACUGAAAUUGUGAAGUUCCGUGAGAAUCCUGACCUGCCUGAUGAUGAUGACGAACGUAAAGAUACUUCCUCAUCUGACGAUUCUGAUGAAGAAGAAAAAGUUAAAGAGAAGCCUAAAGUUCGCCGUUCACCUGAGCCACCUCGUAGGCCACCACCACAAGAUGACGAGUCCUCCGAUUCAAUGGACUGGGGUAGCAGCUCUUCAGAAUCCAGUUCCAGCUCCGAUGAUGAAACUCGAGGUGCAACCACCCUCCGUGAAAGAUUCUUGAAGCGUACCACUGAAAGAGAUGAUGAUGAAGAGAGGGACAGGCGUAGGGCCAGAAGGGAGAGACGUGAACGAGCUGGCAAAGUUAGCAAGAAAGAUCCAGCUGACGAUGGCGGAGAGUGGGAAACUGUACGCAAAGGUGCAGCAACUUCCGAUAAACCCAAGAUGUUUGCUAAGGAUAGUGACAUAGAUGCUGCCUUAGUUGUGAAGAAACUUGGUGAGAUUAGCGCCGCUCGUGGUCGUAAGCGUACCGAUCGCCGUGCUCAACUCGAACUUUUGCACGAACUUAGGACUGUUGCUCAACAGCACAAUCUUGGGGAUGCUCUUCAACUUAAAUUACGUGCUGCAACUGUUGCUGCACUCUUUGACUAUAACCCUAAAGUGUCUGAUGCUAUGAAACCAGAAUACUGGUCUAGGCUCGUUGAAAAUGUCGACCAUAUGGUUACUAUUUUGCUAGCUCAUGAAGAUAUGGUACUGAGCGAAAUGAUUACUGAGGAAAAUGAGCAAUUAGUAACUCCUCCAUUCCAAGUUCGUGGCUGUUUGCUCACUGCACUUGAGCGCUUGGAUGAUGAAUUUACUAAACUUCUUAAAGAAUGUGACCCCCAUUCUAAUGAAUAUGUUGAGAGAUUGAAGGAUGAAGUUAGGGUAUCAGCAUUGAUUGAUCGCGUAUGUCAAGUUGUAGAACGAGAUGGUUCUCCUCAAGAAAUCUGUCGUGCGUAUCUUCGUAAAAUCGACCAUCUUUACUACAAGUUCGAUCCACGCGCGGUUAAGAAGGAUCUGCCUCCUGGUGAGGAGACUUCGAUUAAGAAGAUGGAACGCUUCUGUAAAUACAUCUAUGCAAAUGAUGAAUCGGACCGUCUGCGAACGCGCGCAAUCCUAUCUCAUAUCUACCACCAUGCUUUGCACGAUAAUUGGUUCCAAGCACGCGAUCUUCUGCUUAUGUCUCAUUUGCAAGAAAAUGUUCAACAUUCUGAUCCUAGCACCCAGAUUUUGUACAACCGUACAAUGGCCAAUUUGGGUUUAUGCGCAUUCCGCCGCGGGAAUGUGAAGGAAGCUCACGGCUGUCUCGCAGAACUGAUGAUGACUGGAAAACCCAAGGAAUUACUGGCCCAAGGUCUUCUGCCCCAACGUCAACACGAGCGCUCUAAAGAACAGGAGAAAAUUGAAAAGCAGCGUCAAAUGCCCUUCCACAUGCAUAUUAAUUUGGAAUUGCUGGAAUGCGUAUAUUUGGUGUCCGCUAUGUUGAUUGAAAUACCUUACAUGGCAGCUCACGAGUUCGAUGCCCGCCGUCGUAUGAUAAGUAAGACAUUCUACCAGAACUUACGUGCUAGUGAGCGUCAAGCGCUCGUGGGACCGCCGGAGUCGAUGCGAGAGCACGCUGUAGCCGCCGCUCGGGCCAUGCGUCGCGGUGACUGGCGCGCAUGUCUCAACUUCAUCGUCAACGAAAAGAUGAACGCUAAGGUUUGGGAUCUUAUGGUAGGUGCUGACAACGUUCGCGCGAUGCUUGGUCGUUUAAUACGCGAAGAGUCCCUACGCACGUACCUAUUUACGUACGCGCACGUAUACGCAUCCUUAUCUCUCCGCUCAUUGGCCGAUAUGUUUGAACUGCCUCGCCAACGCGUGCACUCUCUCGUCUCCAAGAUGAUUAUAAAUGAAGAACUGCUUGCGUCAUUGGAUGAUCCUAGCGAAUGUGCGAUACUUCACCGCUCUGAACCAACUAGGAUGCAAGCGCUGGCGCUACAACUUGCUGACAAGGUUGGCAACUUGGUGGAUUCAAACGAGCGUAUUUUCGAGAAGCAAGGGUCGUUCUUCCAGCGGGGCGGUGCGCCGAGGGGCGAAGGCCGGCAGCGCGACCGCCCGCGCGAGGGCUGGGGGGGGCGCCGCCAGCGCAACCGCCGCCGCGACGACGAGCGCGGACACGAAGAUUGAAGCACAACUACAUACUGAGCUAUACAGUGAACACCAACACAUUCUUACCGUUCAUCAACUCCGAGGAAAAGUGCUCACUGCAAAGCUCCACCAAUAGCGACUCGAAUGAUUGUAUGAAGGAUAUGUGUAAUAACAACACACCUGUCACAAAUUCUAAUGAACAACACGAUAAAUAUUUCCAAGUCGGUAAAAUUACAUUUCAGCGGCGAUUACGUUUCUACCAGCCUAAACUUUCCUGUUGUUAUUGUAAAUUAAGUGUCUUAUAUGCAAACAUUUGUGUCGCUAAUUUAAAUCGUUUCAUGUUCUUGGCUUAAAGCGCCCUUCCACAUGACAGCGGCGGAUUCUUCAUGGGUAUGUUUAUAUCCAUCGUUUUCGUCGUUUAAUGUGGAAGGGCGCAAAAUGUUGAAAUCCAUCAAGCUAUUUUCUUUUUUACUCGCCAUCGGCCAUACGAAACUAACUAAAGGGUUUUCGUAAGUAGAAAAUAGCUCCAGUUUUGUAAAUGAACAUUUGAAUAAAUAUAUAUUCUGUCA